AACAGCAACAAGCAGCAGCAGCACGCAAUAAUAACGAAAAGCGAAAAGCAACAACGAGAGGACUACGUCAAAAAAACAGCAACUAAAAACGACUAGAAAAUUCACAAGAUAAAAAAGAGUAUUAAACGUGAAACAAUUUCAUUUUUAAGCAUUUUUACAAAAAUAUAAACAAAGCAAAAUAUGACUGAAGUAGAGCAACCGCCACAGAACGGCAUAGAUCCCACCGCGGGAGACGAUGAUGAGAACAGUAAAGCACGCCCCGCUGACAUUGAACAGGAUAUGCGUGAAAUGGAGCGACGCAAACGUGUUGAGGCCAUUAUGGGUUCGAAACUAUUUCGUGAGGAGCUGGAGCGCAUUGUGGAUUCGGCACGCGAUGGUGGGGCUGGGGCCAGUGGCAUAUUGCAGCAAUUGUCUGAUAUUGUUGGGGUGCCAGUAACCCGAGUGGGCAAUGUCUUCAAAAGCAGCAGUUGCAUGGUACCUAUCAAUGAUAUUCGUGGCGUGGAGUCGAUGGGUUAUGCCAAGGGUGAGAAGAUACUCAGAUGCAAAUUGGCUGCCACUUUCCGUCUGCUCGAUCUGUAUGGCUGGACGCAGGGUCUGGGAGCACAGAUCACAGCACGUCUUAAGGUCGAUCAGGAGUACUUUUUGGUCAAUCCCUAUGGACUGCUGUAUCACGAGAUCACCGCGUCGGCACUUAAUAAAGUCGAUAUGCAGGGCCAGAUUGUUGAGCAGGGUACAACCAACUUUGGCGUGAACAAAAGCCACUUUGUGUUGCACUCGGUGGUGCAUGCCGCACGUCCCGACAUCCGUUGCGCCAUCUACAUUGGCUGCAGUCCCGUCGUAGCGAUCUCCUCGCUGAAGUCGGGUCUGCUGGCCCUUACCAAGGAUGCCUGUGUUCUGGGUGAGAUUAGCACACACGCCUAUACCGGUCUGUUUGACGAGGAAGAGCGCAAUCGUCUGGUCCGCAGCUUGGGACCAAACUCAAAGGUCAUGUUGCUGGCCAAUCACGGUGCUCUAUGCUGUGGGGAGACCAUCGAGGAGGCUUUCUAUGCUGCCUGUCAUAUUGUGCAGGCAUGCGAGACGCAGCUGAAACUGCUGCCAGUUGGCAUUGAUAAUCUGGUGCUCAUUCCCGAGGAAUCGCGCAAACUGAUCUACGAUCAAUCGCGUCGCCCACCAGAGGAUUUGGAGAAGAAGUUUGCUGCUGUCACGACCGAUGAGGAUGCCGCCGCUGCUGCCAGCAAAGAGGAAGCUGCUCCGCCCAAGAUUGGCAGCCCACCCAAGUGGCGUGUGGGUGGCGCCGAGUUUGAGGCAUUGAUGCGUAUGCUGGACAAUGCUGGCUACCGUACAGGCUACAUCUAUCGCCAUCCAUUAAUCAAAUCGGAUCCGCCAAAGCCGAAGAACGACGUUGAGCUCCCACCGGCUGUGUCUUCGUUGGGUUAUCUGCUUGAGGAGGAGGAGCUCUUCAGACAAGGAAUUUGGAAGAAGGGUGAUCUGCGCAAGGGCGGCGAUCGCAGUCGCUGGUUGAACUCACCGAAUGUUUACCAGAAGGUCGAGGUUUUGGAGACGGGCACACCAGAUCCCAAGAAAAUAACAAAGUGGGUUGCCGAAGGUUCACCCACUCACUCAACGCCAGUGCGGAUCGAGGAUCCUUUGCAGUUUGUGCCAGCCGGAACGACAACCAAGGAGUUUAAGCGCGUUCAACAACAAAUCAAGGAUAAUCGACGUGCGGAUAAAAUCUCGGCAGGACCACAAUCGCACAUAUUGGAAGGCGUCACCUGGGAUGAGGCAAAUCGCAUCAAAGAUGCAACUGUCUCGCAGGCCGGCGAUCAUGUGGUGCUCAUGGGUGCUGCCUCCAAGGGUAUCAUUCAGCGUGGCUUCCAGCAUAAUGCAACAGUCUACAAGGCACCUUAUGCCAAGAAUCCAUUCGAUAAUGUGACAGACGAUGAGCUCAACGAAUACAAACGCACUGUGGAGCGCAAAAAGAAGAGUAUUCAUGGCGAGUAUACUGAUACUGAUUUCUCCGAGUCGGAGGCCCUUAACUCGAUGCAGGCAGCGGGCGCCCAUGCGCAUGCAAAACACGCACAGAGUGAACCAGAGACGGAACACCAAGUGAUACAAAUCCAAACGCAGCAGGCGCCAAUUCCCAGCCAGGCUGAGGUGGUCCUGAGCGAUGAAGCACAAAUUCAAGAUCAAGCUAAUCACGAUUCAGUCAGUAACCAGAAGAUGUCGAACAGCGUUGAGGGGCAGCCUAUGAAACCGAGUGCCGAGGAACAAGAAGCCGCGCAUCGUCUGCAGACUCAGAGUAGCUGUCGUCGUGAUCUAAGCAUUGCCUUUCAUAAUCCCAAUAGUAAUAGUAGUAAGAUGACCCAACAAAAUCCCAAUCCCAGUCCCAGCCCCAGUGUUAGCGCAACUGACUUGACACAGCAAAGAUUAGCCGAUCCUCAAGCAGCAGCGCCUUUGCUGAUCAUGCGAGACUUGUAUCCCUACGCCUAUUUGGCUGCGUAUUUGGGUCGCUGUUGUCAGCCCGAGAUCUGCUCAGCUCUUCUAAGAGCCAUACACUCGGAGCACUUGCCUUGCUAUCGCAGCGGGGGUCAACGCUCCAGCACUACUUCAAGCACUGUGACCACUCCAAACACCAACGAAUCUUCGCCGUCACACAAAACUCUACAGUUAGUGAGUAAUGUGCCAGCUCCAUAUCGCACUUGCUCGCACUUUGGCUUCAAUUCGCCGCGACAAACUCCACGUACGGCGCACCGACACAUGCCGGAUGGCACAGAGCGCAUACACUAUCGUCCCAUGCAACGGCACAUCAGCUACGAAGAGAUCUUUGCGACUCCUCGCUAUGAGCAGCUGUGUCAGCCCUGUUUCGAGCAUUUGCUACGCCUUAAGCCGGAGAUACGACGUCGUGCUGGUCCCGGCAGCAGCAGCGGUGGCGACUAUCCCGAUGAUCUUAUCAGUUGUGGCAGCAGCUUAAUGACGCCGCGCAAACUCACGACUCUGACGGAGACGAAUGAUGAGCAUCUCGAUAAUUACGCAGAACGGGCUUCGUGUCAUGCGGGCACCCAGACAGAUGGGAGUUUCCUGCGUCAACUCGAACGUUUUAACUUCUCUGAGGAAUCAACCAAUACCAAUUAUGGAUCUAGACUGCUACUCAGUGACUUGAGUUUGGCGGGUUUUCAGAGUUCCUGCAGUCGUGCAGCGAGUGCAACAAGUGAACCGCCACUGCGAGCUCUACCCGGUAGAGGAUUGGAAUCGAAAGCAACCGUAACGGAUAUUACAGAGGUCUGGAAUUUUGGCAAUUGGCAGCAGGAACCUGCUGAAGAAGAUACUCCUCGGGGUCAAGAGCCACUCACUGAACGUCGCAUUACGCUUGAGAUUACACAGCAAUUUAAUGCCGCAGAAGAGCAGCAGGCAGCGGAAGCAUUUGAACGACAGUUAAUGUCUCGCGACGAGCGACAGCGUCGCAAGUGUGAAUUUCAGGAGUUGUGGCAGGAUCAUGUCCAAUACUUUGGUUCCAAAUCGGCUAUGGAAGAGGACAUCCCGGAUGGUUGGUUAAGAAGCCUUCACAACAGUGGCGAAGUAGCUGAAAUGAUAGAAGAACCAAUUGGUGAAGAAGCGGAUCGUGAUGAAAAGGAAACGCAUCUGAUGGCUGACGAGGAGCUGCCAGCUAUGCUCCAAAAAUUUGAGCAAAGUCUAUGUGUUGUACAAGAUAAUUUAGGUAGACUAGUUGCUGCCACCCAAAAGCUGCAAAGCGAUAUAGGCAGAGAAGGAUUAGCUUUAGAGGUAACCGAGGGAAAUGGCGCGUUAUAUCGGUCGAUUAGCUUGGGGAAUAUUCCCGCAGCUGAAGAUGGAGCCAUUGUUUCCGAGCAACCACAAUCGUUGAGCUCUAGCACUCAAGCUGAAGAGGAAGAGCAAGCGGAAUUUGAGCUGCCUACUGAAAACGAGCAUGAGGAGAAGCGGGAUGUUGAGAAACCUGUCUCACCUGUGUCCGAACGUAAAGAUAUCGCAAAAGACGAUAUCGAAUGCAUUGAGGACGAUGAAAAGGAGAUCGAUGAGCACGAGUGUCCCAUUGAAAUAGUUGACUCGGUGGAGCAACAGACAGAGCACCCUCUGGAAACAGCAACACCAGCUUGUCCAGCUCGCGAUAAUGCCAUAUUUUCGCCACUGGAGAGAGAGAUUCUCGAACGCAUUGAGGCGGACCGCUUGAAGGAGCGUGAAUCGAUCUUUGGAAGGAUUGACGAAAGCAUACGCAACAAGUUGACAUGCGGUAAACUCAGAAAUAUCGCGAGCGAUGUCGAAGAAACGUUCUCAACUUGCACACACAUCUUUCGAAGUCCUCCGAAGACACCAUCUAACUCUGCAGCUAUAGGUACUGAGUCACCGCAUCUUUUUCAGUUUGGCAGCGAACCGCGUCCGUCCACCUAUAGCAUGCACAACAUUGAUGCGCCUAGCUGCUCGACUGCCCAUCUGCAUGUGAUCAGGGGUGAGGCGCCGCGAUUGUCACGUUCCUGGGCUAGCUAUCGGGAGAGCAGCGAACGAUCAUCCUCAUCGCCUACUUCGUCGGCAGCGUCGCAACCUUCUGUCGACAGCAGUACAAAGACCACAAAGACCUUUCUUUAUCGUAGCACGCCGCGCCAGAAACGAAAUUUUAUCCAGGAGAACAUACGAAAUGCGAGCAAACCUCGCGUUCUGCCCAAACCCACAUCAAGCUCGGCAGAAUAUACUCGUAAGAACCGCAACCAGGCGACAUUCAACAAUGAUCCAUCUUCUGUAUGCACAUUUCAGGCGGAGGAACGGGGCAGCGGUGCUCGUUUAUGGGUCUCAUUGCCCGUAAGUCCUCGUGGCAUUCUUUGUUCCAAACGCAGAUCAGUUAGUCCAGGACCUUCAGCCACUUACCCGACAUCGCAUUCCUCCUGCUCGCCAUAUGGGAAACGCCGCAAACAAAUUGGUAUUCAUAUGCCCAAGGGACGACGUAACGCCAAUUCACGUAAUGCCCUGCAGAAGUGUUUGUCGAGUAGCACUUUCCUUUCUGAAAUAUGUGAAAUGAAUAGUUUGCAUCAGGCGACUUCAACCUCAACCUUUGAUGUCAAUCUUAAGGAAGAUGAUACCCUAAUUCCAGUUCAGGAAGAAGUGCCUGCAUUAAAUUUGAAUAAAACUGAUAGUACCCUUUACUAUAGUGCCAAUGACAGCUCACUGCCAGAAGGUCAGGGAAAAACUGCUCUAGAAUUGGGAAGAAAUCACAUGAAAAUGACAAGAUUGUCUGGCGGUGAGACCACAGACUCCGCCAGUCAAGCUGAUAUGGAAGAGGAAACAGACGCUGUGGAGGCAACCGCAGAGGAAUAUGUUGAGAAUACAAGCUAUACUGGCGAAAUUUCGGAACACUCGCAAAAUGUGUCGCUAAAUGAAGAGAUGGAUCUUCCAGAAGCUAAUGCAACGCCCCCUGGUGAUGCGGAGACCACUGAGGAAACCGAUGGGGAAAUUCUCCAAGAAGAGGAAAACAGUACUCAUGAAUUUCCAGAAGAAAACUCGGAAUCAAUUGAAAAUAGAAUUCAAGCGGACUCGCAGCCCUCUUCCAGCGACGCUCUACCAUCCUCAAGCAUGGAAAAUGUUACGAUUGCAUUGGGCUUUAGGGUGCUGGCACCAAGCCAAGACAUUAUCAUCAUCGACAAGGAUUCUGAAAUAUCAAGUAAUGUUGCUGAAAACGAAUGCGACAAUCCCACCUCUGAAUUGGUUGAACUGCAAGAAGAGGAGGAUGAAGUGAGCAGUAUGAUCCAAGUUGUUGAAAGCGGCUCAUCAGCGUAUAUGCUCAAACCGGGUAAUGCACAAUUUAAGCUAAGCUUCAGUAAACCAUCACAAAGCUCUGAAGACUACGAAACCGAGAGUAGUUCAACGAAUAGGGAAUUCCUACUAACUACAAAUAGGGACUUGCAGCAAACCUCAGAGCAGGAAAAUUCCGAGGAUGAUGAUAACAAGCCAAACACUUCUGCAGCGGCAGCUAAAAAACGAAAAUCACGUGCCCGAAAAAAGAAAGCCAAUGCACAUGUUGAUUCCGAAAUUGUCUUAAAUACGCAGUGUAAAAUCAUAGGUGGAACCCUGCAUAUAUCCGAGGACCAUCUCGACGACAUACAGCCACCUCGAGACAUAAUUAUGGAGAAUGAUUUAAAUCCCUUUAUCGAUUUGCAAGAUUGGAACAUCUUUGAAAAUGCACUUGAAGAGGAAGAAUUAAAUAUUACGGAUGAUGAACUUGAAAUAGAAGUUGAUUUAGAUAUAGAUUCAUCCGAAGAGCACUUGACGAUAAGCCUAACUUCUAACCAAUUACCGUUAUCGGGCGAAGACACGCUUGAAAUCGACAUACCCCUUGGUAGCUUCAAUAACUUCGGUCAACUUCAAUUGGAACUUGAACUCGUACGCAGCUCUCCUACUGAAAAUGAUUUGAUUUUUCCAGAAUACUUUGAUUUUGGUUCUUUUACGCUGGAAUGUUCAAUAAGCGAAUGUCCAUCAAGUGAUGACAGUUCUUCGGGAACAUCGCAAUGCCUGGAAGAAACGCAAAAUGAAACAAACCAUUUAAUACACUUGGAGGAAGAGACCAAAGAUAAAAACGAAUCUGAUGUUAAAAGAAAAUAGGAGAACUAAUAAAUAUUUUUGCAAGACGAGUUGACAUCAGACGAUCCCAAAAAUCCCUCAAACGCUACAUAUUGUCAAAUGAAAUAAUUGCAUAAUUCUUUUCUUG